AUGCUGCAGCGGGAUCCUAACAAACGAAGUUCAGAAGACUCAAAUGUGAUGGUGAUGCAGGAGGGCUCCACCUCUCUGUUCGGACAGCACAUGAAGCUGCCUUCACUCCCCAGCUCGCUGACAUCCACCUUCUUGGACCAAAAGAAGAGCAAAAGCUUUCACGGGUCAAAGGAUGGCUCCAAAGGAAGCAGCACCACCCUUCUCACCACGGCAACAACCACCAGCACCAACAACAUCACCUUCUCCAAACUCCACAAACCCUCCAAGGACCACAAAGACAAGCCUGCAAAAGACUUGAAAGAGCCCAAAAGUGCCUUCAGAGACUCUGGUUGGGAAUCCAGCAAAGUCCCCAAAGAACCUUCCAGGAAACCCAAAGAGAACCAGCCACUUAGAGAUAUAAAUCCUAAAAUGGGCUUCAAGGAACCCAAGUCUUUGUCCAAGGAGCAUCGGACUGAGGGGAUGACCCCUGGGUCGGGGCUAAACAAGCGUCUGUCCAGCUCCGACGCCGACGAUCUCGUGACCAAAAAGCGUAAAAAGGGAUUUGCGGAUCUUUCAGGGAAGCAGACGUUGGGGUCAGACGCUCCACAUUUGGAUAAGAAAGUCUUGAAGGAUAGAUCGCAGAUGAGAACAAGUAAACUGCGACCAGAAGUUGAGGAGGCAGAGCGCAGGAAGGUGUCCGCACUCCCUCCGUUCCAGGACCUGGGGGACCACAAUGACUCUGAUAUGGAGGACCAGUCCCACAAAUCAGAUGUAAGUACAACCUCUUUUUGA